UACUUUAAAAGGGUUGCCGUCGAGCUCUGAACACAACGUCAAACUUCAGUUUGUUUUCCCAAGAUGGCAGCUGCAUCUAUAUGGAAGUGGGUGGCAUUGYUUUUYAUUCUACUCAGCCUUGGUUUACUCUUCGCACUCGCUGUCAUUAUUACAACUAAAGGYAGCAGUCAAGAAACCAAGAAAACGUCCGAAAUUAAUGUUUGUGGAGCCGGUAGUUCACUGCCAAACGUUGAAAUAUCUUCUUCAMCUGGUCUKUUCGACGAUUUGACACCAGACGAGAUGAACAAAGUCUACAAUUACAUGCACUCUGUCAAGUCACUCCAACUAAAAUCGAGCAAAGAAGGUCAACUCAGCGACAAUGUCAUCGCUCUUAUUAAGUUCUAUCCGCCGUCUAAAGAUGCAGCCUUGGCUUAUUUGGAUGAAGGCAAAGAAAAGCCAGAUAGACAGGCUAUUGUUGUGRUAUUYAAAGGAGYRGYUCAGCCSCCGAUAGUCGAGGAAUACCUUGUUGGCCCAGUAUYUGCACCGAAUAAAYACGAGCUGCUGAGAGUAGACGGUCGGUCUUAUCCUAUCAACUUCGACGCAAGAAUGGCGUUUUCUCCGCAAGAAGAAAUACCAUUUUACAAUGAGAUUGUUAUACCACUGGGUACAAAAMUCCACCGUCUUUUUCAUGAGAGUUAUGACGGGUACACUAUUAUCAAUUGCACGUCUACUAAGUGUUUGAUACCCAUCCAAUCGGCGCCACUCGGKCUAACUAGUAACACGAGAGAAAAUUGGUACACUUUGGCGCGUCUUCAAAUAGCAGUUUACUCGAAUCCUGUAAACUUUGAAUUUUACUUGAAUCAUGCUGGUAGCAACUCGUCAAAAUGGCGCAUAGAAAAGUUGUUGUACAACGGGCAGCUUUUCAACUCUACUGAAGAACUAAUGGAUGCCUAUGACAAGGGAAAACUCGUCAAGACAUUUAUUCCUGCCCCUGGAAAGGACAAAAUCUUCUCAACUUACGAAAAACGAGGAAAGGAACAGCCUUCCAAAUCCAGUCGAGGUCCUGAACAGUACGAGCCCGAUGGAAAACGUUACUCUGUGAAAGGUAGACAUAUCGAGUACAUGAACUGGGCUUUUGACUUCCGAGUUGAUUCAUCAAGUGGACUUCAAGUCUAUGAUGUAAGAUUUGGAGGGGAGAGGAUUGCGUACGAGAUCAGUUUACAGGAGGGCACAGAUUGUCCAGGAACGGCAACGUUUUUUGAUUUGGCGCACAUGGUGUAUACCGAUACUCCACAAGUUAUCAAAAAUGCUGUCUGUGUGUUUGAAUUGAACACUGGAUCACCACUAAGACGACAUUACGAUAACGACCUUCAAGGAGGAUAUACUUUCUAUGGUGGAAUGACAAACCAGGUAUGGCCGGCUCACUAUCCUCAAUAA